CCUUCUUCACACGCGUCAUCUCCAUCGAAGUGGAAGACCUACUUGGCAGCCAUGAAAGUCUUCUCGGGGGCUUACACUAGCGAACCUCUUCUGGCUCUGAUGUUCCGUCCUCUUGUCGCCAUUGCUCUGCCGGCUGUGUUCUGGGCAACCUUGAUCAACGCAAUCACGACUGGCAUGAUCGUUGUGAUAUCCGCCAACUUCUCGAACGCUUUUUCAACGGUCUACGAUUUUCAGACCUGGCAAUCUGGUUUGACGUACCUAUCUACAAUACUUGGCUCCUUUCUAGCCAUUUUUUGCGGCGGUCAAUUCACAGACUGGGUGGCAGACAAGCUGACGAUUCGGAGCGGCGGAACUAGGAUCCCUGAAAUGCGGCUACCUGCCAUGGUAAUCAGCUUGAUCACGGGUCCCCUAUCAUGCAUUCUAUACGGUUUAGGCUUCGGGAAGAAACUGCAUUGGAUAUGUCCCACCAUUGGCAUCGGUCUUGUAAACUUCACCACUGUCCAGUCUAACAACGUGGCUCUGGUUUAUAUCCUUGAUUCGUACCGACCUAUAGCCGGCGAGGUUAUAGUCACGCAAUCCUUCUUCAAAGCUGUUUUUGGAUUUCUUCUAAGUUUCUACGUCAAUGUUUGGGUUCAAGAAUCAGGAUAUCUCUCUGUCUUUGGAACCUUGGCAGGUAUAUCUGCGGCCGUGUUCUUGUCAACGAUUCCCUUCUAUUCUUUUGGAGAUCGAAUGCGACAGGCAACAUGGAAGUGGAAAUUUUCCAGAUAG